AUGUCCACGGCUCGUCGACCCAGCGCGGUAGUGAACGGCGUUCAAAGAGCAAGAACCCACCACUACUAUUGGUGCCGGCGCUGCCAACGCUCCAUCAGAACCACCACCACCAACCCUGCCGAGGUCAUGUACCCGCGCUGCUUCGGCCAAAUCCACCACGAGCUCGACGUCUCGAGGCCGGGCCCCCUCCUGGAGUCCGGCCUCGAGCCCUCUCCAGCCGCGCGCGUGCUGGACACCCUCGCCGGGAUGCUCGACCCGCCUCGCCGCCGCCACCACCAAAUCGAAGACGGCGAAAGCAGCAGGCGCCGCUCCUUGAUACUGCUUCAGUUCAUAAGGCCCGAUCACCAUCCCACUGAGCCCGCUCCGCCCGUGAUUGCCGGGAGUGACCGGGCGGCGGCGGUGAAGGCGCUGCCGGUGGUGGAGGUGAGCGAGUGGUGCUGCCCGGUUUGCAAGGAGGACUUUGAGGUUGGGGUGAGAGUUAGGGAGCUUCCGUGCAAGCAUUUCUAUCAUGAUGAUUGCAUUAUUCCUUGGCUACAAAUGCACAACACGUGCCCCGUGUGUCGCUACGAGGUGCAAGGGCUGCCAUCUAACAACAACGACAACGACAACAACAAUAACAACGAUAUGAAUAGUAAUUUCUUCUUCCCUGGUGAUGACUACGAUCUUGGGUAUAGAGGCGGAGAAGAGGAAGGUGAUGAUUCCGGAAACUGGAGGUGGCUGGAGUUCUUCUCGUCGAGGCCAUUCAGUUUCCUUAUGAAAUGGGCAAAUCUAUGCCUUGACUUUCUUGACGACAACAUCACUCGAGGAGGUAUAAAAUCUUUGUUUUAGCACUGAUUUUAUUUAUACUUGGAAAAAAAUCAUCCUCGUGAUAUCCAAACUAGUAGUAAUAAAUAUGAAUUGACUACAAAGACGAUGAAGAUAUGGAAA